CGCCGUGCGCGUGCGCGCUGCAGGUCGGCGCCGGGCGGGGGCGGAGCGGCAGUCGCAGGCCCACGCCGUAAACAGACAACAUGGCGGCCGCGGUGGCGGCGGCACCUGGGGCCUUGGGCGCCCUGCAUGCUGGCGGUGCUCGCCUGGUGGCCGCUUGCAGUGCGCGGCUGUGCCCGGGAUUGAGGCUGCCCAGCUCGUUGGCAGGCCGGCGGGUGGGCCCGGCGAUCUGGGCUCAGGGCUGGGUGCCUGCAGCCGGUGGUCCCGCCCCGAAAAGGGGCUACAGCUCUGAGAUGAAGAACGAGGACGAGCUGCGGGUGCGGCACCUGGAGGAGGAGAACCGAGGAAUUGUGGUGCUUGGAAUAAACAGAGCUUAUGGCAAAAAUGCACUCAGUAAAAAUCUUAUAAAAAUGCUAUCAAAAGCUGUGGAUGCUUUGAAAUCUGAUAAGAAAGUACGGACCAUAAUAAUCAGGAGUGAAGUCCCAGGGAUAUUCUGUGCUGCUAAUCUUCCAGUACCAACAAUUGCAGCAAUAGAUGGACUUGCUUUAGGUGGUGGUCUUGAACUGGCUUUAGCUUGUGAUAUACGAGUAGCAGCUUCCUCUGCAAAAAUGGGCCUGGUUGAAACAAAACUGGCAAUUAUUCCUGGUGGAGGGGGAACACAGCGAUUGCCGCGCGCCAUUGGAAUGUCCCUGGCCAAGGAGCUCAUAUUCUCUGCGCGAGUCCUCGAUGGCCAAGAAGCCAAAGCAGUGGGCUUAAUCAGCCACGUUCUGGAACAGAACCAGGAGGGAGAUGCUGCCUACAGAAAGGCCCUGGACCUGGCCAGAGAGUUUUUACCUCAGGGACCUGUUGCAAUGAGAGUGGCAAAAUUAGCAAUUAAUCAAGGGAUGGAGGUCGAUUUAGUAACAGGGUUAGCCAUAGAAGAAGCUUGUUAUGCUCAGACCAUUCCAACGAAAGACAGACUUGAAGGUCUUCUUGCUUUUAAAGAGAAAAGGCCCCCUCGCUAUAAAGGAGAAUAAAAGGAAGAGAAAUUCUUAAGAUGCCAAUGUACUAAAUGUACUUCUGGAAGUGUCUUUCGGGUCCACUGUAUGCCUCAGCACAUGGAAUCUCAAUGACCAAAGUGAAGAGCAAAUUAUUCAUAUAGUGUAGUAAGCAUCUGGAAUGGACCCAUCCGUGUACUUCAUUCAAAUGUGUAAAUGUCAUAUUCAUUCAGAUUUGUAAAGCUAGUAGUGUAUAUUGUCAGAAACAGAAUCAAAGUUAGAUAUACAUUUUUAAAUAUUUACUGCAUAUGCGGCUUUCUGUUCUUAAUUUUUUUAAUGUGAAUAAUUUAUAUAUUGCACAUUCUAGGGAAUAAUAUUGAUUGUAUGUCUACUGUGCUGCAUUAAGAAAAUAAAAUUUCUAUAUACCAAAAAUGUGAAGUUAUACCAAAUAAAGUUUCUAAGUAAUUAAUGCAUACGAACAGAUACAUAUACAUAUAUCUAAACCUGAAAAAUGAACUGAUAGAUAUUCUGAGUGAAAACUACCUAAUACAAAUAAAAUCAGUGAAAAGAAAACA